AUGCUCAACGUCACGGCUCCCACUCCACAGCAGCUGCAGGCUUUUAAGAACGAAGUGGGCGUGCUCAGGAAGACCCGUCACGUGAACAUCCUGCUCUUCAUGGGCUACACAACGCAGCCGCAGCUGGCCAUCGUCACACAGUGGUGCGAAGGCUCCAGUCUCUACCACCACCUGCACAUCAUCGAGACCAAGUUCGAGAUGAUCAAACUCAUCGACAUCGCCCGACAGACCGCCCAGGGCAUGGAUUAUCUUCACGCCAAAUCCAUCAUCCACCGAGACCUGAAGAGCAACAACAUCUUCCUGCACGAGGACCUGACGGUGAAGAUCGGAGACUUCGGUUUGGCCACUGUGAAGAGUCGCUGGAGCGGCUCCCAUCAGUUUGAACAGCUCUCUGGCUCCAUCCUGUGGAUGGCCCCGGAGGUGAUCCGGCUCCAGGACAUAAAUCCGUACAGUUUCCAGUCUGAUGUUUACGCCUUUGGGAUCGUUCUGUACGAGCUGAUGUCAGGGGCCCUGCCCUACUCCAACAUCAACAACAGGGACCAGAUCAUCUUCAUGGUGGGCAGAGGAUACCUGUCUCCAGACCUCAGUAAGAUCCGCAGUAACUGUCCCAAGGCCAUGAAGCGUCUGAUGGCAGAAUGUCUGAAGAAGAAGAGAGAGGAACGGCCACUGUUUCCACAGAUCCUGGCUUCCAUCGAGCUUCUCGCUCGCUCUCUGCCGAAGAUCCAUCGCAGCGCGUCAGAACCGUCUCUGAACCGAGCCGCGUUUCAGACCGAGGACUUCAGCCUCUACGCCUGUGCCUCCCCCAAGACCCCCAUCCAGGGGGGCUACGGUGAAUUCUCAGCGUUCAAAUAG